CUUCAGUCUGAGGCUGUUGAUCGCCGCUUGCGGACGUGGUCGCUCAAUCCUGCUCGAUUCAUAACCGAUUCAAAACCGAUCCGCACCGAUCCCAACCGAAACGACGUGCGUUCCAAUUUUUUUUUUUUGCAGUUGUUAAAUGUUUUAAUUGACGCGUAACGGAUGUGAAGCGAUCUCCGGGUUCCCACCAUGACGGAUAACAAAAAUGAAAUACAGCCAGCGGCUGAGCCUGUGGCUGAACCAGAGCCUACUCCCGCGGCCGAAGUAGCUCCUGCAAGUCUCGAUGGUUCCGGUCCAAGUGUUGCCGAAGAAGUCACCCCGAGUGUUGCGACCGUUGAAGACAAUACCCCGACUGCAGCACGUGCAGAGAGUCAACCGUCCGACGAGAGCAACGGCACGGCGGAGGACAAGAAGCUUCCCGAGAUCGCCAAAAAGAAUGGCAAGGAGCCCGAGCAAAAUGACAAGGAGCCCGACCAGAAUGGCAAGGAACUGGCGGAGGCCAAUGACUUCAAGAACGUCUCCGAGACUGAGGGUCAGCAGAAGAAACUGCCCUACCCCAAAUCCGUGUUCUUCAUCAUCAGUAACGAAUUCUGCGAACGUUUCAACUACUACGGCAUGAGGACUGUUUUGGUUCUGUAUCUGAGUCGAGUUCUGGGCUAUUCUGAUGACACCGCCACCGUGGUCUUCCAUAUCUUCACCAUGUUCGUGUACUUCCUGUGCGUUUUUGGAGCCAUCAUUUCGGACUCUUGGCUGGGAAAAUUCAAGACUAUCCUGUAUUUAUCGCUGGUUUACAUAUGCGGAUCGGUGCUGCUGACCCUAGGUGCCAUUAGACCACUUAACCUGCCCAUGGAAACGUUCACGAUGAUGGGCCUUGCGCUAAUUGCCCUUGGUUCAGGUGGCAUUAAGCCGUGUGUGUCGGCGUUCGGUGGCGAUCAAUUUAAGGUGCCGGAGCAGGUGAAGCAGAUCACUUCGUUCUUCUCGCUCUUUUACUUUUCGAUCAAUGCCGGAUCGCUGAUCUCCACCACGGUGACUCCUAUACUGCGCGAGGACGUGUCCUGCUUUGACGACAUUAACUGCUAUCCAUUGGCCUUUGGAGUACCUGCCGUACUUAUGAUUGUGUCGGUGAUCAUCUUUGUUUUGGGACGAUCCCUGUACAAGAUGAAGCCACCGGCCGGAAAUAUGGUGGUGCUUGUGAGCAGUACCAUCUGGACAGCCCUGACCACCAAAUGUAAGGAGAAAAAGACCAAUCCGAGGGAGCACUGGCUGGACUAUGCCGAUAGAAAGUACGACCGCCAGUUGAUUGACGAUGUGAAGGUCCUUAUGCGAGUCCUCUUCCUCUACCUGCCACUUCCGGUCUUCUGGGCACUGUUCGAUCAGCAGGGCUCCCGUUGGACCUUCCAGGCCACCCGAAUGGACGGGGACAUGGGCUCCUGGGACAUCAAGCCCGACCAGUUGCAAGUGCUCAAUCCUCUGCUCAUCCUAAUCUUCAUACCGUUGUACGAUGUGGCCUUCUAUCCGGUCCUGAAACUAGUAGGCAUCCGACGGCCGCUGCAGAAACUCACCAUGGGCGGCAUCCUUGCGGGAAUUGCUUUCAUCAUUUCCGGAGUGGUGGAGCUUAACUUGGAGAAAACCUAUCCCGACCUGCCCUACAGCCAGAACGUCCAGCUGCGCAUCUUCAACGCCGACAACUGCGACUACCUCUUCACCUCGAACAUUCCCGGAGCGGAAAGUGUGACGGUGACCUCGUUGAAUGCCUAUACCAACAAGGAUAUUUACGCACCCGGUUCACUGGACGUGGAGUACUCGCUCAGCAGUACAGAUGAAGCUUGUGCCUUUAGCGCCGACAAAAUACGUAAAGUCCUUACUGAUAAGACGGCUUGGUCUCUGUUCCUCAAUCCGCUGAAUGGUAGUGGGUACUACUGGGAGGAAGAUUUUGUGGACAAGCCGAGCCAGAGCCAUCCGCUGAUCCGAAACGUCGCUAAUGUGCAGCAGGGGCUAUCAAUUCGUUGGCAAAGGCCUAGCACGGGAGAGGUGGUUUAUGAUGACCUGGCUAGCAAAACGUUGCUCACUCGUGUGAAUUCGGCGGAGUAUGAAGUCCUGGUGGGCGAAACGAACGUCGGAACAUUCGAUGUCCACACCGGCGGCGUGUACACACUCCUAAUUAAAGAUAACAACAACAUUUACGAAGCCAAUUUGGUGGAAGUGACGAGCCCCAACUCGGUAAAGAUCCUUUGGCUGGUGCCGCAGUACGUGGUGAUGACCCUCGGCGAGGUGAUGUUCUCGGUGACGGGACUGGAGUUCUCAUACGCCCAGGCUCCUCCCAGCAUGAAGAGUGUCCUGCAGGCCUGCUGGCUGCUAACGGUGGCCUUCGGCAACGUCAUUGUGGUCGUCAUCGCCGAGGCCGCCUUAUUCGAAUCGCAGGCCAGCGAGUUCUUCCUGUUCGCCGGCCUCAUGUUCGCCGACAUGCUGAUCUUUAUGGUGAUGGCCUACUACUAUGUGCCCAACGAUCCGAACAAGGCGGAGGAGGCCCAGCCCCUGACGGCGGGCGAUGCCAAGACAGAGAUUCCCGCGCUCGAAGGCGGAGUCGAGAACAAGGGCAAGGACAUCAGCGAGUAGACCUUAAUCCGAUUCGUCCUGCUUGCUCCCGCGUUGUGUAUUAUAUAUAUAUUUGUACUUGUAGAUGUGUAUAUGUAUGUAAAUCCUUAGUGGCCUUUGUCCAUUUCCAAGCUAAGUGUAAGUGAAGCUGCGACCGGGCAUUGUUGCAUAUGAAAAGACAUCCAACUACUUAAUCUAAUAAAAGAAACUUAAUAAUAUAA